UUCCGCCAGGAGCGGCGAUGGCGGCCAUGGCGGCCAUGGCGGCGAUGGCGGCGGCCGGGACGGGGCGAGCGCGGGCCUGGCUGAGGCCGGCGGGGCCGGGCCGGACCCCGACCCCGCGCAGGCUCCGGCACAAGAAGAAGUGGGCGACGACGGAUUUCAGAUUCCCCUCCACCAAGCUGGCGCUCCAGAACUUCGACGUGAAUUACAGCGUCCAGUUUGGGGACCUGUGGCCUUCCAUCCGCGUCGGCCUCCUCUCCGAGCAGAAGUACGGCGCGCUCGUCAACCCCUUUGCCUCCGGGGCCCGCGUCGCCCUGCAGAUGGAGCGUCUCGACGCCGAGGACUUUGUGGGCGAGGCCCAGCGCGCGGCCCAGCGUGAAACCGGCGACCCCCAAGUCUCCCCUGUCGGGGCAGACCGUCCCGGCCUCCCCAACCUCCUGUGCUACACGUUCCGCAGAGGAGACGUCAGCCGGUUCCCUCCAGCCAGGAUGUCUCAGCUGGGCCUGCUGGAGUAUUACCUGAUGGACGCAGCUUCGCUUCUCCCCGUGCUGGCGCUCAGCCCACAGCCCGGCGAUGCCGUCCUGGACCUCUGCGCCGCCCCGGGCGGGAAGACCCUGGCACUCCUCCAGACCGGCUGUUGCCGGCGCCUGACGGCCAACGACGUCUCCACGUCCCGCACCGAGAGGCUGAGGAGGGUGCUCCGGAGCUACGUGCCCGCGGACGUCCGGGAUGACAGCCGCGUGCACGUCACGUCCGCCGACGGCAGGCACUGGGGCGAGCUGGAGGCGGACGCGUACGACCGGGUGCUGGUGGACGUGCCCUGCACCGCGGACCGGCACUCCCUGUCCGAGGAGGACGACAACAUCUUCACGCGGGCGCGGAAGAAGGAGCGCCAGCUGCUGCCCAUGCUGCAGCUGCAGCUCCUGGCAGCCGGGCUGCUCUCCACCCGACCGGGGGGAGAGGCGGUGUAUUCGACCUGCUCCCUCUCCCACCUGCAGAACGAGUACGUGGUGACCGGGGCCAUCCAAGUUCUGGCCGAUCAGUACGACAUCGGCGUCCAGGUGGAAGACCUGAGCCACUUCCGGCAGCUUUUCCGGGACACCUUUUCCUUCUUCCCCAGAUGCAGGGUGGGGGAAUUGGUGGUGCCCCACCUCACGGCCAACUUCGGGCCCACGUACUUCUGCAAACUGCGGAGGCUGCCGUAGCCGGGGCGAGGCGGCGGCCGCUUGGCGGAACGGCCGGGACCCGGGUCCGCCGGGUGACCUCGGGCUGGUCGCCGACCCU